AUGGAGGCGUCCAAUAAACGCCGCGUGCCCGUUUACGUCCUCCUGGACGAGAAGAGCCUUUCCUCCUUCACCGACAUGUUGUGUGUCUCACCUGUAGGAACCGGCUAUGACCUCCUCACAGUCGAUGAUCAUGAACUUCUCCAGAACCUGGCCGACGCAAACUGCGGAUUAUGGGGGAGCAAUAAUCCGUCCGCGGGUCAGAGCUCCUCAAAGCCCGGAAAAGCCGCCGUGCUCCGGCUCCAGAGUCCCGGUCAGAGUCCCGGUCAGAGUCCCGGUCAGAGUCCCGGUAGGAGUCCGGUAAUGGUGCCCCGGGCUCCGGUCUCGUUCCUCCGGGUCCGGUUCCGGUUCUGGAUCCUUUUCUUCUUCUUCUUCCUCCUCCUGCGCGCGCUCCUGUCGACGUGUAGCGCGUGCGUGCCGCGGGGUCAGGUGUGUGUUGCUGCUCACCUGUUGCCUGCCGCGCUCCCAUUGGACAGCAGCCCCGGAAGGCCACGCCCCCCCCCCCUGCGCCGUUGCCAGGACAACCGGCCGACAGCAGGUAGCCCGGGUCCGGCUGGGAGUGGAGAUAAAACCCAUUAA